UUCCAAAUGGCACCACUCCGCCUUCGCUUUUCUCGUCAGGUUCCAGAACCUUGAUGACCCAAACAGUCUUGGCCUAGGCUUCAUUCACUGUCUGUCUCCAGGUUGGAUAUCCACGACCGCGCCCUUGGUCUAUUCUUGGUAUUUUCCCUUUGCUGCCUAUUCACGCUUAUCUUGCUCCGACAAUUUGCAGUCCUUCUUAUUGCAGUCCAGUCCAGGUUUCAGGGAAGGGUAAAUAGUCAGCAGCCCCGAACACUCAUCGAGGAUCGAAUCGAGACCACAUUCGUGCCGAUGGCCUUUCUGUCCUCCAUAUUCAAAAGACUCUCUUUGAAUAUGGUCAACCCGCUGAGUGCGGCUGAUUCCGCACAAGACCAAGACCAAGAUGACAUCGACCGCUCUGUGAACCCUUACCAGCCCACCGCCACGGAGGUGAUCCUCGUUAGGGCGAUGCUGGAGAAGGCUCUUCGGCUGCCACCCGAGAUCAUUAACGGUAUCCUCGAUCAUGCCGAGUACUGGCCCCAUACAUCGACCGUCAUCGACUAUAGCAAUUGGCCCCAAGGACAAAGGGUUGUCAACGCAGGAGACGGCAACUCGGAGAAUGCCUUCUUGCUACGCACUCUUCCUCUCGGUUUCCUCAAACCGCCUUCUUCCUUCUUCGAAAAUGACAGCAACCGCGAAGUCCCACUUGAGCCGAUUCCUCGCGAGCCCAAAGAGUUUCCCGUCGACACCUACCAGUCCCGCAUAUCCCCCACCCUCAGUCACCCGUGCCGCAAGAUCAAGUUCACCAUUGUUUCUCACGACCAAGGCUGGGGCGGCGAGGCGCGUACCCGCCGGACUUACAAUAGCUCUUAUACCUGGUUCGAUAUUGGUCUCGAACGGUGCCUCCAAACCAGCGACGACAUUGGCGAGCCGACCUUUGAUCCUCAGACCCUCUCAACUAUUCUGCCAAAAGUGCGCGAGGUUGACCCCAACAAUGACGGAGACCGCCAUGUUCAGGGAACGCACACUUUUGACUUUCCACUAUGUCCCCAGAAAGAUACUAUGAUCCAGUGCAACGAGGUGGCUAAUGGACAAUACCAUCAAUAUGAAGUGGAGUGGAAGUGGACCGACAACCUCUCGAGCGCUGAUCUUUUCGACAGCGGCUAUGGUUGUGAGGAGGGGUUGAUAGAGAACCCCUUACCCAAGGUGGGCCGCGGCCAGGCGACGGGCGACGGAAAGUUCGUGAGGGACUUGAAGCUCGGUGAUGUGAUCACUGUAUGGGCCAAGGCAAGGUUCGCGGGUUGGGCCAAUUACAUCAAGCGUAUUCAAGUGGAUGUUUACUGGGUCGUUUGAGUUGAUGAGCAGGUACCACCUUCUAGUUUUUCGGUCCUCAGUCUUGAGAUAUGUGUGGGUGGCGUUAGGCGUUUCCUGAGCGAGCGUUGUCCUCUCUUCUUCUUUUCCUUACAUGCGCUUUCUGUUGCAUACGCCGUUCAUUUCUCUAUCCUAUGAUACAACGAAGGACAUGAAGUACAACGAAAAAAGAAAGAAAAAAAUUUUGCAGAGCAAAGGAAAACACAGAACAACAAGGCCAUGAUGAACGGCAAUCAUGGAUGGAAUGUAAUGGAAUAACACAGAGGGUUUGCUGAGGUGCGUUUUACAGUGAGGGAUUCAGGUUACCAUAGGUUCAGAGGCGCGGAUUACUUCAUUGGCCUAAUGCCCUACCUAGAUGGAGCUUCGCUUCUAACAAACCCUAAGCAUACCUCAACGUAUUGAAUGAACUCUUAUCUAUUCCUCUAUCUUGGC